UGCAAAACGCGUUUUCUUGCUGCCGGCGCGGCUUUGUUGCUAAUAUUAGCCAAAAUAGGUAAAUUUAGUUACCUCCGGUCAUAAAAUGCAUGUACCGGAGACCACCGAAGUGUCCCAGGAACGGGAGGUGUGCACUUGCCGUCUGUGCCACCGCGAGACGGAUGCGAAUUCGCCGAAUAUUUUUGAGAGCUCGGUGGCGUGCUGCAAGGAUGUGUCCAUUGCGGAGGUUUCCCAGGCUCUGUGGAGCGUUCAGUACGAUCGCCACGAGUUUCUGUCUGAGCUCAUUUGCCCCGAGUGCUUGGAGAUCCUGGAGGAUGCCUUUGAGCAAAGGAGAGGGAUGCAGGAACGGGAGAAGGCGCUGCAGGAGCAGCUCAAGGACCUGAUCAGGGAGGAUGCCAAGUACCGGCCCGGCCUCAAUGGCAAUCCAGGAGAAUUUUUGCCCGAGGAGGGCUGCAUCAUCGUGGAAGUCGACCCGGAAAAGCUGGCGGAGACCAGUGAAGAUGAGUUUGCCCUCGGCUCCGACGGAGAGUACGAAAACUACGAGGACGACGAUGAAGAGGAGGAGGAAGACUUUGACGAGGAAGAUGAGGAAGAAGGUCAGAAUGGCGAGGAUGUGGACAUGCCGCUGGGCAUGGAUGCGGCCCAGAUGGCUGCUCAAAAGGCGGUUGCGGCGGACACAAACUCCGCGACGGCACGGCCCAAGCGCGCCUUCCUCUGCCAGUACUGCGAUCUGGGCUUCACCCUGCCCGCCGAAUGUCAAGACCACGAGCGGAGCGCCCACGACCCUAGCGCACCAUUUUGCUGCACUUACUGCAACCUUAAAAUGGUCACCCGACCCGCUUUGAUUUCGCACAUUAAGACACUGCACGAUCCGGAUCGUCCGUAUGUGUGCGCGCACUGCCGGAAGGGAUUUGUGCGUCGCUCCGAUCUCAAGAAGCACACAAUUGUGCACACGGGCGUGCGGCCAUAUACCUGCAACGUGUGCUCCAAGAGCUUCUCGAGGAACACCAAUCUGACCAAACACAUGCGCAUCCACAGCGGCGUCAAGCCGUUCGUCUGCCAGCAGUGCCCGCGAUCGUUCCAGACGGCAGUGGAGAUGAUGAGGCACACACGCUCCCACGGCGAGGUGAAGGCUUUUCAGUGUGGUCGCUGCCCUUACUCGUUUUCGCGCAGGGAUAAAUUGCUGGCCCACCAGCAAGUCCACACUAGGCGGGAUGUAGAGCAGCAGCAGCAGCAAAUGGGACUACUUCCGCCAUUGGAGGGCGAUCUAGCGCAUCUGCAGCAGCAGCAGCAGCAGGCUGCUUUCCAGGCGAAGCAAAAGGCUCAGUCACAAUCUAAAAACUCUCGCAAUCAUCGAUGCGAUAUUUGCGAUCGUGCUUUCCAAAGGGAGCGCGACCUGCAGCGCCAUCGAGCCCUCCACAUGGACUCGCUGUUCGCCUGCAAGACAUGUAAUCAAGGUUUCAACCGACGCGAGCAACUGCAUCGCCAUGAACUGGAGGCCCAUGGACCCAGCUUUACGUGUGGCAUCUGCUGCAUCAGCUUCCUGCAUCAGAUUGAGCUAGAGAAUCACCUUAAGGUCCAUCAGUUGCAGCACAAGAUGGCGCAGCGGGCCCAGGAGGCUUCCAUUUUGCCUCUCAAAAUAGCCGAGCUGGCGCCAGUGGCCACGAUGGCUCCGGUGGUCCAGCCACCACCACAAAUGCGACCCACGGCCGCUGAACUCUCGUUCUACAGCAACAUGAUUCCCACUAUGAAUCUGGGCUUCUACAGCGAGACUCGACCCGAGGAGUAGAAUUAAAUUAACAGAGGUUAGUAAGUAAGUUGUGAAAAGUGUUAAGAUUAAACUUAAAUGAUACAAAUGCUUAAGGAUUCAUAUAUUUUAAGUCCUUGGCUUAACUUUUGCCAAAACGUAGCUUAGCAAUUUAUUAAUAAACUACAAAACC